AAAUGGCACCAUCUAGCAAAGUAGCCUAUAAUUGUAUUGGUUUUGAUUUGACCUUCACUAGUAGCCUUUAUUAAAGGGAGACGAGGUAGUUAGUGCUGUUUGCGGAGGGGGAUCCGCGUGGCAUGCUGCAACGCCAUGACGCAAUUCACACUCUCCUACUGCAACACAAUAAAAUAUGUAUCACCCGAGUGCCAACGAUGGGAUGCUUCUUUGGGUGUAAAUAUCAGAUAAAUGGUGAAGAGGGGAGGGGGGUGUGGCAUUGACCAUCACCCAUUCACCAAAACAAUACACGCCCAGAGCUCGUGCAUUUGUGGCGUAAAAAGCCGCGCCGGGGAUCAGGGUUGGUCUCUGUCAGUCUGCUCUGCCUUGGACUCUGGCUGGGUGCACAGGCCAGUCAGCCCGUCGGCAUCCCGCCGUGCUCCUUCCCUCCGCAGGCUCCGGGCUGCACGCAGGGAUCCUCAUCGCAUUACGCAGAUUUGAAGCUUGGAUGCAGGGCGAACCAAAACCAAUGGCCUGCACAUGAAGAUGCGAUAACUACGAUAAGAUUUAAGACAUCUUAGCGCCAUGAGUGUUGGGAAAGAGAUUGAAUGCCUUUAAAAUCUCAAGGCUGUGAGCCCUGUGCAGGGUGGCGAUGAGCAACCAGGGCAGCAGCAGCAGGGGAAGUGACCAGCAUGCUGACACUCCUCCCUCCCGUCACACCCCUGGACCCAAGCUGCAGGUGCAGCGCUCCCUCUCUCGUGACAUCAUCACCAUCCACUUCUCUGCUCUGGGGAAGGAGGAAGACGACGAUGAAGAGGGGCUCUACGACCUCCCUCUUGGAUCUGCUGGGGCUAAGUCCGAGCUUGAUGGUGCAGGGGUACCUCAAGGUCUAGGAGCUUCAGGGGCUGACGACCAGUCUGUCGCCACAGCCUUGGAGGCAAAAGAGGAGCUGCUGUUUGAAUCUGCCGGUUUGGAGACAUCCUCUGGAGCUGCUGUGCUCCCCGUUUCAUCCACCACCUUGUAUGUACAGCCUUCAGACCUUCACUCACACACACCAUCUUCAGCUGUGACUAUUAUCCCCACUUCCACGCAGCCCCACCUGAGCUCCACCCCUCCUGCCAGCUCCUCCUGGCCCUCUGACCGACCCUCAGCCAAUCCCUCAUCCACGAGCUCUAGCUCCUCCUCCCCUUGCAAGUCUGCAGCGCUCUCUUCCUCGAAGCCUUUCCUCAGCCUGGUCAGGUCCUUGUCCAAUGAUGUUGAGUCUCGCGAAACCACUCCUGCGCCCACCACUGUGGCACCAUCGCACGCGCGCCACCGUCACUUAAUGAAAUCUUUUGUGAAGUCUCUUUCCACGGACACUUCGAAGGCUGAAAAUCAGGAAGGGCCCCUUCAUUACUAUCUUCACCACCAGCCUCAUCAGCAGCAGCAAGUGCAGACAUCCCAGCGGCCUCCACCUCGCAACAUGCAACUCUUCAAACAGUUCUCCCAGCCUCGAUUGUGCUCCAGCCCUGUCAUUGUCAAGAAAGCUGGUGGAGACUCAAAAACAGCCCCUUCUUCCCCCAUCAGGUCCCCAGAUGGUAGGUCUUUCUUCAAGGUUCAAGAGGUGGAGGCCAGGAUUGAGGAUACUAAGCGCCGGCUAUCAGAGGUAAUGUCAGACCCCCUGCAGCUUUUUAGUAAGAUCAUGGGGGAUGAGUCUGGCAUGGGAGUUGUUGGGAGUUCUACUCAUCGCACCAAAUCACUGUCCUCCAGUGCGUCAGAGCUUAGCGGAGUGACAGCGGUAAACGGACACACAGAAAGUAACAACAACUAUAGCAUCAAGGAGGAGGAAGGGGCAGAAGAGGAAGAAAUCCCCGCGGACAAGGGCCCUGACUCUGUUUUUUUCUCCUUCCCAUCACUGGCACCAGCCCCAGCCCCAGCCCCAGCCCCAGCCCUCGCCCAGGCCUCCUCAUCCACUUUUCCAAAGUCUCCUUCUCUUACUCUAGGCCGCUGCUCUAUGUCGACCCUGGUUGCUCGACAGGAAGACGAGGAUUUUUGUGAACUGUACAGUGAAGACUUUGAGAUAUGUACAGAUACAGAAACGCCAGAUGGAGAUUGCCCCGGGUCCCGGCUGCCCCAUACUGGUAGCACUGGGUUGUGUAGUGAACCUGACACAGAGGAGGAGGAGAAAGAGGAGGAGGAGCUGGAGACAGUGCCUGUGACUGGCCUCAUCUUCCUGACACAGUUGGUUUACUGGUACAUAAUCCUUCCAGUGCCACCUUAUGUAUGUGCGGUGGUGCAUGGGGUAGUAGCUGGUUUCAUGUUGGCUUUGGUGGUCCUCUGGCUGUCUUCACCUGGAUGUACCUCAUCAGGGACCAGAAAAUGGAGACGAAAGAUAGAGCACUGGAAUGUGGCGCAGCUGGAUAUCAAAGAACCUGGAACCUUCAAGGGCUGGAUGAAUGAGAUCCACUGCUACGACCCGGAGAUGUACCACGCCACCCUGACCCACUCUGUUUACGUCCGUCUAGAGGGCUCUGUUCUGCGUAUGUCCAAGCCUAACCGGAACAUCUCCCGUCGUGCCACACACAACGAGCCUAAACCAGAUGUCACCUACAUCAGCCAGAAGAUCUAUGACCUGACGGAUAGCAAGAUUUACCUGGUGCCCCAAAGCUUGGCUAGGAAGAGAGUUUGGAACAAAAAGUACCCCAUUUGCAUUGAGCUGGCCAAGCAGGAGAACUUCAUGUCCAAGGCCCAGGUAGAGAAGCCCGAAGCUGGGGAGGAGAAACUAACAGGGCCGGGUGAGAAGCUGGAACAAAUGGAAAAAUGCGAGAAAGUUGAGGUAUCUGGGUCAGCAGAGGAACCCAAAAGAACAACCUCUGGAGGGGUGGAUCUGACAAUCUACCUGUUUGGGAGGACGGGGCGGGAGAAGGAAGAAUGGUUCAGGAGAUUUCUGCUGGCAUCCCGAAUAAAGUCAGAGGGAAAAGGUGGUAGUCUGCCUAGCAUCUGCAAGAGUGCCUUCUUGCCCUCCCGCAGUAGCAGCACCCAAUCUGGUGGAGGCCUGGAGGCUGACAGCAGGAGCAGCAGCCGAGGUAGCCUGGAGGAGCUGCCUCAGUCUCGCCACAGAGAGACCUCCUCUGCUCCCUCCUGUGGCUAUACUGGAGGAAUGAAGCAGAAGAUGCUGUUGGACUAUAAUGUCUACAUGGCUAAAUACAUCAACCCCCAGGCCCCAGAGAAAAGCCCAACUGCCACCAACAGCCCUGGACCCAGCCCCGAGAGCAGCCCCACAACUACCAAAAAGAUACGCAAAAGUUCAGAGGAGACGGUAGAGCCUGAGGCCUGGGUCAACGCUUUUGUGGGAAGGAUGUUCUGGGACUUCCUGGGAGAGAAAUACUGGGCCAAUGUUGUCUCCAAAAAGAUCCAGAUGAAGCUCAGUAAGAUCAGGCUGCCAUAUGUUAUGAAUGAGCUGACUUUGACAGAGCUAGACAUGGGCUUUUCCAUUCCUAAGAUCCUUCAUGCCUCCAAACCCUCUGUGGACCACCAAGGUCUGUGGUUUGAUCUGGAGGUCUCCUAUACGGGCUCCUUCCUUAUGACACUAGAGACCAAGAUGAACCUGGCCCGUCUGGGGAAGGAGGGGGAGGGGCUCGGGGAGCACGGAAAAGAGUGGCCCAGGCCACGGACAUACUGUCUAGCAGACAGCGAUGAGGAGUCGUCUAGUGCCGGCUCAUCGGAUGAGGAGGACCCCCCUGAACUCCUCAGUGACAAAGCCAUUCUUCCUGGCACCGAGGGCUACGUGGGAGGCCACAAGCCCAGCAAGAUCAUGCGCUUUGUGGACAAGAUAGCCAAGUCAAAGUACUUUCAGAAAGCCACAGAGACGGAGUUCAUUAAGAAGAAGAUGGAGGAGGUGUCCAACACGCCCCUGCUGCUCACCGUGGAGGUGCAAGAGUUCCGUGGGACGCUGGCUGUCAACAUCCCACCUCCCCCCACGGACAGAAUAUGGUAUGGUUUCCGGAGUCCGCCUCACCUGGAGCUAAAAGCACGGCCAAAACUGGGUGAAAGGGAGGUCACUUUAGUUCAUGUGACAGAUUGGAUUGAGAAGAAACUGGACCAGGAAUUCCAGAAAAUAUUUGUGAUGCCAAACAUGGAUGAUGUAUGGCUACCCAUAAUGCACUCUGCCAUGGACACACGUUCCAAUGCCAACUUGGUUACUAUGACAAAUGAUGCCUUGAAGGACCCAGGAACUGAGGAGUCUGAGGUUUCUGACAUGUGAAGACUGCCUUUCAAAGUGCAUAAUGACAUAUAUGACAAUAUGGCAAGUCCCCCCCCCUCUCAGAGACCCGUGGCUCUCGUAAUUGGUCAGGCCAACUCUCUAAUAUUUUUACCCAUGUUCCAGUCCCAUUGUUGCACCACUGAUGUAGUGCACUCACAAAACUGGCGUCAGGGUAACUAAACGAAGGAAAAUGGAGUACAAUUGUGACUAAUAGAUUGUCAUCCAAUUGCACAGUUUCAUUUGUGUGACAUAAAACAUUAUGAUUCAUUCUCUGAUGAAAUACAAUACAUGGGCAUGUCGAGACUAGUUAACACAUGUGUGUGGUGAUGGAUCAACUAACAGCCAUCUGAUUCAACCAGAAGAACCAUAAUACCUGUGAUGUACAGCUGCACCAAACAUAGUAGCUGUAGAGUGCACAUUUUUGUGCGACAUUUCUAAUCAAGUGGUUUAUUGUUGCUAUAACUCUUAAGGACUUUGAGGCCCCUGAUGAAGAGUGUGUAUGUCUGAGUGAGCAAACGUUUGACAGAAUAAUCCUAAAAUUUGAAGAUGGUUUGGCUGAAAGCCCCUGCGUCUAUUAUUUGACACACAUUACACAGGGAUACCAACUCAUUGAUCACCCAUCCACACUGCUGCCUGUGCCAGUCACCCGGCACCCUUAUGCAAACAGAUAAAUAGCACUGUGUCCAUCGAAGACACAGUUCAGUUUAAAUCCACAAUGGACACUCUCAUACCAUAACGGCCUGUAUGCUUUUAACUGUGUGGUAGGGAUUAGAGCUAAAACUGACCUUAAAGGGGAGAAUUAAAACAAAGCAGCUAAACAUUGCCUAGGUCUGAUGAAUGUAAAAAUAGGAAUGCAGCUCCCUAGCUGUGCAAGGUAUAGCUCAUUCACUGACAACGUGCUUCUACACAACAUACUUCAAGACUUCUUUUCACGUUUUAUCAGAGUUGAGCAAAAGUAAUAACUCAAUUUUUAUUGCCAAAGCAAUCUUUCAGUCCUGUCCAAAGGCUAUGUAUGAGGUAGACAGUGACAAAUUAGCAAUCAGUUAAUUCUCAUGUUCCUAUUAAGAUCAUUCCAAUGACAUGCAGCCUAAGUUUGGGCAGACUGAAACCCUUUUGUAAACGCAUAAACUUUUUUUUUAUGUCAACAGGGGAAUAUACCCACUCUUUGUUUAAUUAGAAUAAUUAACAUACUGGAUAUCAGCCAUAUUGUUUGUCAGCAUUCAAAUGAAUGCUUUUUGUUGAAUUAUUUAUUGAUUUGCUGUUUCUUUCUGUACACAUUCAAGAGGAAUAACACAUCAACUAGUACAGCUAUUUUCUAAUCUGCCAUGGAUGCUCAGCUGCUUUACAGGCAACUUAUUUUACGUUUAAAUGUGUGCUGGCGAAGUGUAUUAGGCAGAAAGUGCCUUUAAAACAAACAUUCCGCCGUAGUAAGCCAUCAUAUUUGUUGCAUCCGUUGAUAGAAAGUAUCUCUGUGCCAUUACUGUGUAUGGCAAGACAUGACCUUUGUUUCCACAAGUUUCAGUGUUCAUUUGCACAGUGACAAAAUAUUAACUAAAAUAAAAAAAAAACUGUUGUGUUCAGUGAUGUCACAGAAUGUUAUAGUUCUGAUCGUUGUGGAUCAAUAAAACCUUUUGCUUGGAAGAUUU